CAUCCCCCCCCCCCACAUCCCCCCCCACCCCACCUCCAUCCCCCCCCCGCCUCCCGCGGGCGGCGGCAACAAAGGCGCGUCCCCGCCCCCCGCCGCUCCCGCCGCUGCAGCCGCCGGCAGCGUCCUUGCGGCAGGAAGAUGCCCGCGGAGGAGCCGCCGCCGGCGCCCCGGGGGCUGCGGAGCCCCGCGGUGCUGCUGCUGCUGCUGCUGCUGAGCGCCCGCGCCGCGCUGGCUCAGCGCUGGCGCAACGAGAACUAUGAGAGGCCCGUGGACCUGGAGGGCUCCGGGGACGAUGACCCCUUUGGGGAUGAUGAACUGGAUGACGUCUAUUCGGGCUCGGGCUCAGGGUAUUUCGAGCGGGAGUCGGGGCUCGAGACCGCCGUGAGCCUCACCACGGACACGUCCAUUGCGCUGCCCACCACGGCGGCCGUACUGCCCAUCACCGCAGUGCAGCCUGUGGCUACCCCCUUUGAACCCUUCCCUGCUGAGGACACCACCCGCAAGCAGACAACCAGCGUCCUGUAUAUCCCCAGGGUGACAGAGGCACCAGUGAUCCCCAGUCGGAAAGCAAGCACCACCAGUACCACUGCCAGCGACCCCCCUACCACCACGACCACCACCACGACAACCGCAGCCAGCACAACCACCACCACCACCACUGCGGCCACCACCACCACCAGCACCACCAUAGCCACUGCCAAGCCCACCACCAUCCGGAGGUUCCUGCCCCCCUUUGUCACCAAGGCAGCCACCACCCGGGCCACCACCCUGGAGACACCCACCACAUCCAGCCUCGAAACCAGCACCCCAACAGAGGUGGCCACGACACGGCUUGUCGCCACCAGCACGGCCAAGCCCAGGUCACUGCCAAAACCAACCACCUCCAGGACUGCAGACCCCACAGAAAAAAGCACUGCCUUGCCAUCCGGUCCUGCCACGCUGCCACCCACAGAAGCCCCCCAGAUGGAGCCAGGGGAGGUGACGACAGUCCUCGACAACGAGCUGGAGGUCCCGAUCAGCAGCGGCCCCAGCGGGGACUUUGAGAUCCGGGAGGAGGAAGAGACCACUCGUCCCGAGCUUGGCAACGAGGUGAUGGCUGUGGUGACACCCCCAUCAGGACCCGGGCUGGGCAAGAAAGCGGAGCCGGGGCUGAUCGACAACACGAUAGACUCUGGCAACUCAGCCGCUCAGCUCCCCCAGAAGAACAUCCUGGAGAGGAAAGAAGUGUUGAUAGCGGUGAUCGUGGGAGGCGUGGUGGGAGCUCUCUUCGCUGCCUUCCUUGUCAUGCUGCUCAUCUACCGGAUGAAGAAGAAGGACGAGGGCAGUUACACGCUGGAGGAGCCCAAGCAAGCCAACGUGACGUACCAGAAGCCCGACAAGCAGGAGGAGUUUUACGCGUAGAAGGAGAGCCUGGCGUGCCUCACGCUCCCUCCCUCCCCGCUCCAAACUCUCCCUCCUCCUCUACUUCAUCCAGUCUCUCUUUUUCUUUCUUUCUCUCUUCUUUGGAUCAGACUGUGAAUUUAAAAAGCAAAACCUGCAACAGCUAAAGGAGAAAAACACAUCUUCAGCAUGAUGAAAAACCAAGUGCCCAGAGCAUCGCUGAGUUCAGACCGAGUACCGCUGGCCUUUCACAGCGGGAGGCAUGGGGCAUGGAGCCAACACCAAGGAACCCGUGUCCAGGGAGCACCCUGGUGAGCAUGGGACAGGGUGUUCAGGCUGCCAACAACGGCUGGAGGUCACUGGGCUUUUUCCACCAACACAAUGGACUCUGGGAUCCAGACACCUUCUACCAGCCCUGGGGCGCAGGGGGGUUGGUUUGGAUUGCUCUUCCUUUCUUUUUUCCCUUUGGAAAGGAGGGAGGUUUCUUUCCUUCUCUCCUGUUUUUAAUUCUUAUUUUCUUUUUGAACGGGGUCUGUUGCUUUGCAGGAAUUUCCUUGCUCCCUGCUUCUGUUUGAAGAGAGGACACGACUCUCAAAUAAGCUUCGAACCUUGAAAACAAGCACAAGGGGCUGGAAUACCUGAUGCCCCAGGGUUUGCUCUUGGAGUGAGGAAAGGCAAAAAUAAAUACACAUAUGGCCAGUACGCUGGAAAUGAUCUUCUUAGAUCAACUCUUCGGAGGGUUUGUGGAGCAGCAAGAAGCUGCAUUGGGGUAUCUCCUGCUGCUCUCCUCCUGCUACCACCUCGCUUCACUGCAUCGCUGUGCACAGCCAGAGACCUUAAAUCUAUAGAAGCCGCGUGUCGCCGGCUGCUGAGGGGUUUGGUGGAGAAGGGACCUUGCUUUUGCUGGGUUUUCACUGUGACCAAUAAAACUCAGCUUGUGCAGUAUGACCGACAGCACUGGUUUUACAACAGAGCGGGACGUUGCUUGCUGGGGAGCUGGCAGGGAGAGGGGUUGGAAAUGGAGAAGCUAAAUCCUCUUCCCUGUUACUCCAGAGGGGAUAAGAAAGCCCUACAAGGUGUAAGACACAGCAUAAGAAAUGCAAAGCCAAGGCAAUACUGUGUCCCCUCGGGGUUUGUCAGGGGUCCCUGCCAGGCCACUUGCACCCAGAAGAUGAGGAAGGUGAGACAAAAAGGUGGCUUCCCAUCAGUCCACCCCAGAGCAGGUUGGCUGCUACAUAUCAUUUACAAGACCCAGGAUUGUUGGUUUGUGUUUCUUUUGUUGUUGCUUAAAUUCCAGGAUAACCCACAGGGCACCCAGGAGCCUGAGAGCAAUAGAUCCUGGAAGCCAUCACUACCCAAGUGCAGUGGUUUCCCCCUCCUUGAGGCUACCUAAGGUGCAGAGCAGCAGGGCCUGAUCCAAAGCUCAACCGUGCCUUCUAGAAAGGCUAGAUUUUCUUGGAGCAAGCUCUCUGCACGGAAAAGUCAAUUAGCUAUUUCAAUGAGUUGGCUUUUUAAUUAGCUGAAGCGCUGUUUGUGAUGCAGUCAAGGAGCUUUGUUUUCAUGAUGGUUGUGAUCUCAAUGGUGUCCCAUGGAGACCUUGGCUUUGCUCUUAGAGCAAUUUAAACAGGAAAAUGGAGAAAAAUCAGUUGCUUUGACUCUGUUGCAUCGUGAAUUAACCUGCACAGACACAGUGACACUUUGUCCCCUCAGGGUGUUAGUGGAUAUAGGGAUUUAUGACCCUGAUGGAGUCUACAAGACAGCAGUGCUUCUUUAUGUUAGGAAUUUGAGAGGCCAAACACAUAUUUUAGAUAUAUAUAUAUAUACUCACAUACAUACACAGUUAUAUAUAUAUAUGAAAUGAAAUCCCUGUAAAUUUUCAUUGCACUGCUUAUAAUGGCUGGAUGGGACUUUGUGGUUGUGAAAAUGUGAGAUUUGGGCUACACUCCCUUGGGGUGCCCAGUGCAGGGACUGCAACCCAAAAAGCUGACCUGGGCUUACUUCAGGGUAGGGAGCAGAGCCCCUGUGCAGAGGCCAGCUCUGAAAUGCCCAUUUUAGAGAUGUCAGCCUCAAAAUGGUCAUCGUUUUGGUUCUUUAAGUUUGGAAAAGAUGGUCCUGUUGGAUGUCUUGGAUGGCGAUGCUGAAAGGCAAACAGCGUGCAUGUGUGAGUGUAUGUGUGUGUGUGUGUACUCAUUUCUUGGGUCCAUCCUGGCUGUGGAGGAUGAGGAUGCUGUGAAGAGGGGACCCCACAUCUGAAGAAGGCUGGUGCCAACCUGGCUGCAAAAGCCACUUUCUCUGACUUGCUCGGAGGGGGGAGUUUCAACUGUCAUGCAUUUGAUGGCUUUGGGAUAUUUGGGGACUACACAAAGGGCCUUAGCUGCUGGGAAGUGGCAGAACUUGAGCCUUUUCAAGAUAUAAUGAGUUGGACAUGGCAAGUAUCAAGGCCACCCAAAGUCACCACCUUUUGGAAAAAUGUGGACUUAAUCUUUGAGCUUGCAUUAAAGAGAAACCCUCCCAGCUUAAUCUUUUCAGUGCUGCUUUUCUUAGCUGCUUCCCUAAUCUUCUUCAUUCCAUUUUUUUCACCCAUUUAAUAGUCUGAAGUUCCAUAAUGCAAUUUUUUAUUCACUCAAGCUUAACCUCAGCUCGCUCAGCUGGUGUUAAGUUGUAAUCCCAGCACUUAAAUCCAUCACAGUUUCAGAAAUGAGGAAGGCUGGAAGUGGGAUGGUGAAAGGAGGCUGGGCAGCGCUUUAGAAGUAGUUGGACAAGACAACCACACAAAAUAAGGUGAAAGCAAUUAAACUGGUGAUCAGAAUUGUCCAAAGUCUUAAUUCAUCCUAUGUCUGCUGCUUCCACGCAUUUGCUAUAUUGCUCUCUGCUUGGAGAGGGGAAAUAAGCUCAAGGAGGCUCUUAUGGGCUUGGAGCCCACCUUCUUCUGCUGAUUCAUUUUGAUGGAGCCUUUCCUGUUGCCUCAGCUGCCCAGGAGCUCUGGGUUAGUGGUUGGAGUUGAUGCUUGGAAGAACAAAAACCUUGUUUUGCUGGAGGGUGGCUGAUCUUGGGCCUCCUUUAUAGGGUAGGUGGUGGUUGGGCAGAGCUGAACAUAGGCUGAGCUUUUUGGGGAAAGCCCAUAUCCAAACGAAAUUGCAGAUAGCAUCAGCUCUUUAUUACCAGUGCAAUGGGGAUGGUUAGAAACUCAAUGAACUCCAGCUAAGAGAUGCUGCCAGAGUUUGUGACGGGGCUGUGGUGGUGGUGGGCCUCAGUGUGGCCAUCCCUGAGGCUGUGUAUGGUACCCACAUGAACAAGGUGUGUUGUGGCUCAUAGCGCCAAGCUGGUGGCAGCGGGGCACAGCUGUUCCUUCCAGCAGGCACUUCUGCAUGGACACACAUCUCCGGGGCUUUUGAGGGAUUCCUGGUGUUAAGGUGGAUGGGGAAGAGGCAAGAAAUCACAGGGAGGAGGAACAAAAGCCUCUUUCUUAGCUGUUGAUAUGGCCACAGAGCAAGUUUUUAGGAAAAUCUACUCCAACAGUAACAUUUCCUACAUCAUCCCCUCCCAAAGCCUGAUGGAUUUAGCAUCAUUCCCCCUCUGCACAAACUCAGCCUGUGCAUAUCCCUUGUAGUGAUAUCCCUGUGAAGAGCUGUAGUCUCCCAGCUGGGGUGGUGCCCAGAUGUGCUCGUCCUUCCAGCUGUGGACCUGAGGAUGUGAGCAGCCACGUGGGCAUAGAGCAGGGCUUUCACACCUCAUUUUCCAUUCCUUUGCUGCAUGCUUGUGUAUGAGUGUGGUACACCAGAGCUGAAGGAAAACUCUUUGCCAUGCCAGUUCUGUAGUCUUAGGAGAGCUGUAGUUGCAAGGGGUGGAAGGCAGCCGCGGCUCCUCUCCCAGCUCUGCUGGGUUUCAGUCUCUCUCUACCAUGAUUUGUAGCAGCUGAUGCCUCGGAGAAAAGUGAUAAGUGACCAGUGACUCCUGGGCUACAUAAAUAAGGAGGAGGCAGAAAGAAGGGGUCAAAGAGAAGGGAGGACCAGAAACCUUGUGCAAGAGCACAUAUGAGGGACUGGAAGCAGGAGGAUGGGAUGGGCAGGAAUGGAUGUCACCCCAGCCAGCAGCAGGACGCAGCCCCACACAGGUUUUGCAGGGCUGGGAGGGAGCUGCACCUUUUCUCCAAAAAUCUCUGAUUUUGGACCUUUUAAAACUAAAGUAGCAGAUCCCUGUACUGGGGGGAUCCUGCUGCAGGGAAGAUGAUGGCACUGAGCUGGAUGUGUGCUGUGGUGUGCUGCUUUACCUCUACAUUUCCCAUUCCCUCUCCAUUUUGCCUGGUAGGUGCCAAAGAUCUCUGGGCAGGAGCUGCUUUGCUCCAUGUGAACCUUGGCUCCUGCUCCCCAGACUCAUAACUCAGAGCUAUCUGACCCCUGCCAUGAGUCACCAGCAUGAAGGCUUUAACAGGAACAAAAAACUAUCAGCUAAAAGAAUGGAUUUUUUUUUAAUCAUUACUAUUAUUCCCCCUUCAGCUCCCCCCAAACACCCUUUUUAUAAGUGUUUCUGGGCUCGGAGGGUUUCUGCAAGGCUCUGGCAGCUCCUAAAGUGACAUUGAGCUUUCAACACUAAAAGGUUUAUUAGAGUAACUGGCGUCUCACCAGGCACCUUGCCAGCUUGCUUGGCUGGGCUGGAGCCUGCGACGACAGGGAUGGGUGUGUUGUGUAUGUAUGUAUAUAUAUGUGUAUGUAAUUAAUAUGUAUGUAUAUAUGUAUAUACGUGUGUGUGCAAAGCACGCACGCGUGCACAGGUUCAAUGUAAACUCUGCACCUAUUGAGGAGGAGGAGAGUUUAUCAACCAGCAUCGUGUUCUGGAUGCUGCAGCCCUCGUGCUCUGCUGUGGGGUGCAGGAUUUGCCCCUGUGCUGCCAGCUCCGUCCUUCCCUCUGCUCUUUGCCCUGUCAUAGCAGUGGCCUGACCCUGGUCACCUCGGCGCUGGGUUGGGGUCUGCCAGGAUUGGGGAUAAAGAGCCUUUUUCCGAUGGCUGCACCCCCAUCUGGAGCCGACGCGGAGCCGGGAUGCUGGUGAAGCAGCCAAAGCCCCUCCGUGCUCUCUCUGGUCUGUCCCACAUACCUUGUGCCUGCAGCUCCGCGGACAUAUCCACACCCAGUCUCUAUAGAGAAGUCUCAGUCUGGAGUGUAUAAACCUUUUUUGGGUUCCCUUUUGAGGUUUCUUUUUUAACCCUUCUUUUUAUUUCUGGGAAAAAGACACCCCUGGAGAUGCUCAUGUGAUGCCCAGAUGGGUUUUUUUCACCCCACGUUCCAGACAGCUCAUCCACCGCAUCUCCAAAGACCUCAAGGGUACCAGUGACUUUAUGUGCAUAAGCUACCCCUGUUCUGGGUCCCCCUGGUCUAAGUCAUAAGAGUACAGCUGACAAUCAAACCAGACAGAACUGCUGACUUUAGGGAAAUGUAUAUCCAUUGCAGUUUGAUAGAACUACUUUUUAAAAUCACGUGCUUCUCUCUCACUAACGCUCACCGCCAGGAUCAAUCACCACCCAUUGGUUCUCCUGUAAAUAAACAUGAAACAUUCUUGUAGAAAUCAAAAAAGAAAAAAAAA